AUGGCUCUUCGCUUCGAUGGAAAAGUUGCUAUUGUGACUGGUGCUGGAGGUGGUCUUGGUAAGACUUACGCCGUGGAACUUGCCAAAAGAGGAUGCAAAGUUGUUGUGAAUGACCUCGGAGGUGAUAGACAUGGAACAUCUUCUUCUUCUUCAAUGGCCGAUAAAGUUGUCCAAGAAAUCAAGGCAGCUGGAGGACAAGCUGUUGCAAAUUAUGACAGUGUUGAGUUUGGAGACAAGAUUGUUAAGACAGCGAUUGACAAUUUUGGAAGAAUUGAUAUCGUCAUCAACAAUGCUGGUAUUCUCCGUGACGUUUCUCUUCUGAAGAUGACUGAACUUGACUGGGAUCUUAUCUUCAAGGUCCACGUAAAAGGAGCAUACGCAUUGACUAAGGCUGCCUGGCCAUACAUGAGAGAUCAGAAAUACGGUCGUAUUGUUGUCACUUCUUCCAAUGCUGGAGUCCACGGAAACUUUGGGCAGGCUAACUAUGCUGCUGCCAAGAGUGCACUCAUCGGUUUUGCUAACUCACUUGCCCAGGAGGGAGCAAAGUACAACAUUCUUGCGAACACCUUGGUUCCAACCGCUGGAUCAAGACUUACAGAAACUGUCAUGCCACAGAAUCUUGUGGACGCUUUGAAACCAGAGUAUGUCACUCCACUGGUGACUUACAUGGUUCAUGACUCCUUCGAAGAGUCCGGAAAAGUUUUCGAAGCUGGAGCAGGAUGGUACGGAACAAUUCAGUACUACAAGUCCAAGGGAAAAGUUAUCUCUCAUGCCACAGCUGACGAUAUUGCAAAGAACUGGUCUACCAUCACCAAUAUGAAUGGAGCUGAGUUCAUUGGAACUAUCACUGAACAAGGUGCUAGACUUGUCUCGAUUCUUGAGGAGCAUGAGUCUUCAUCUGGAAAUGGAAGUGCCACUGGAGGUGCAUCUGGAGGCGCAUUCCCAUCUAACAUCAAGAGUAGUGCACUUUUCCAAGAAAUGGCUGAUGGUGUGAAGGCUGAUCCAAAUGCUGUGAAGCAAUUGAAGGCUAUUGUUCUCUAUGUCAUCACUGAUGGAAAGAACGAGCUUGGAAAAUUCACUCUCGACUUCAAGAGUGCCAACCCAUCCGUAUACUUGGGUGAUGUACAGAACGGAGAGAAGCCAAAUGCGACGGUCACUGUUGCUGAUAGCGAUUUUGUUGACAUUGCAGCCGGAAAAUUGAAUGCCCAAAAGGCAUUCAUGGGAGGAAAACUGAAAGUGAAAGGAAACGUUAUGCUGCUCCAAAAGCUUCAAACCCUCCUUGAGAAGGCCAAGAAAUCAAAGUUGUAA